UUUUUUUUUUUACGUAGUGCUCCAUUGAAAAAUUUACAUUCAGAUCUUCUUGCGAAACGAAACGAAACCCUUUUAUCCUUUUGUAUUUUAUAAAUUACUACUUUACUACUUUACUACUUUACUACUUCGCCACACUUGAUCAGAUUCCACUCCUGAUGGACAAGUACCAGAAAAUUGAAAAACUCGGGGAAGGAACAUAUGGCAUUGUCUACAAAGCUCAGAAUCGCGAAACUAACGAUGUGGUUGCCCUCAAGCGCAUUCGAUUGGAUAACGAAGAAGAAGGUGUGCCAUGUACAGCGAUCCGGGAGAUCUCGUUGCUGAAGGAACUUAAACAUCACAACAUUGUCAGAUUGUAUGAUGUGCUGCAUACUGAGAAAAAGCUGACACUUGUGUUUGAAUAUCUGGAUUCUGACUUGAAAAAGUUCUUGGAUACCUACAGUGGAGAUAUCGAUGUUCUAACAAUAAAGCAAUUGAUGUACCAACUGAUGAAAGGUGUUGCAUACUGCCACGAACAUCGCGUCUUACAUCGAGACUUGAAACCACAAAAUCUACUUAUUAAUAAGAAAGGCGAUUUGAAACUGGGAGAUUUUGGAUUGGCACGAGCGUUUGGCAUUCCCGUCAGGAGUUAUUCACAUGAGGUGGUAACGCUGUGGUAUAGAGCGCCCGAUGUCUUGAUGGGAUCGAAGCAAUAUUCAACAUCAAUUGACAUUUGGUCCGCAGGAUGCAUCUUUGCAGAAAUGGCAUCAGGGCGACCGCUAUUCCCAGGAAGCUCCGUCAGAGAUCAACUAUUGAAAAUUUUUAAGAUCUUGGGAACACCAACAGAGGAAACAUGGUCUGGAGUAUCACGGUUACCGGACUGGCGACCUGAUUUCCCUGUUUAUAACCCGAUUCCAUUGGCAAACUUGGUUCCGAAACUAGAUACCACAGGCAUUGAUUUACUUUCUCGUUUAAUUACUUAUAAUCCAGACAACAGGAUAUCAGCAGCAGCAGCGCUUCUUCAUCCUUACUUUGAUGAGAUCCGGAAACGGGAAGGCGCAGGCAGCGUCUAAUAGAUUGUCAAUAGUUUUUUCUCAGUUUUUCACUCUUUCUCUCUCUUUCUGUAGCUGCCGCCAUGUAAUCCUAAUGAUCCUUUAGUCUCGAAAAGUAAUCAAUAAAAUAAUUUUUUUUUUAA